CGCUCACUGUCACCACCAACCAAAAAGCUCUCCUCCACCAAGCACCAUCAUCAGCCAGCAGCUGCUGCCGCCUCAGUCCUCACAUGGCACCUGCACACCUCGAGAGCACCUACAAAGCAUCUCCCUUCCGCAAACCAACGCAGCAGCAGCUUCUUCCCAACACCACCGAGAGUCCCAUGGCUGGAGCGCGUCGGUCGGAGCAGUCCCUUGCUGUCGCUGGCUCGACGCGGGAUCCCGGCCGGCCCCAGCGCAGGCGGGCCCAAUUCCCGCUGUACGCCGAGCUCGCCGCGCUGCUCCCCGGCGACCUCUCUCGGGCGAACCAGGUGGAGAUCUUGGACGCGGCGGUGGCGCACCUGAAGGUGCUGUCGGACACGGCGGCUGUGCUCGAGGCGUACAGGGCGCUUCAGCGCGACGCGGGGCCUGUGCGCCCAGCAGCUGUCGAGGUGGCGUCACGGGAGGCGGUCUGCAUAGCCGUGCGGGCGGCGGCAGCGCGUCCGGGCGCGCUGACGCGCUUGCUCGAAGUGUUCGACCGGCGCGGAGUGGAGGUCCUGGGGGUCACGGUGACGCGCGACGGGCGUGCCGCGACUGCCGAUGUCAUGGUCACUGCGGCCGCCGCGGCGCCGGAGGUCGUCGAGCUCAUCAAGGCGGAGAUCGCUGGCAUCAAGUGAGCCAUGAUUGAUGCGGCUCGGAGCUAACCUUUUGGCAGUUUGAAUUGAGUUUCAUCGUUUAAUCCCCUACGAUGCAGUGGAAACUAAUUAGGAUUAGACAUGCGGAGCCGAUGAAUGGAUGAUUGCAACAGCAGAAACUAUGGAAAAAAUGGUAGAUUCAGCGGUUCAUGUUGGACUUUUGUUUUGUUUUGAUAUUGCAGCAACCGAAUUUCGAUGGAGCAGGAGAAAACGGAACCGGAUCCUGUAACAUUUUCAAUGGAUGUCAC